GUCUGCCCAUGUAGGCCGUGGGCUUGCCCACCUCUGUGUUGGCUGGGCCCGCCCCCUGGAUAUGUCAGCUUGCCUCCGUGAACGGCUCUGAGGCACUCCUCCUCCGUCUCCAUCUACAGCUGGUGUGUUGACUGGUAGCGGGCAGACUGAGUGUGGCUGCGGAGGAGAGGCAGGCUUUCCAGGAAAUGAAAUGGUGAAAUAAACUGUUACUUCAUCAAGAUGAAUAAAGCAAAAGUGUCAACAGAAAAGUGCAUUGCAAACAAUUCCAGGGUUGUAAGCCUCCUAUCACAGCUGGAAAAGAUCAAUGCUGACUCCUCAGCCCUGGAUACCGAUAACACUAGAUAUGUCACCGCAAAGAUUCUACACUUGGCUCAGACGCAAGAAAAGGCCAGAAAAGAGAUAACUGCCAAAGGGUCAAGUGGCUUAGAUGUGAUACUGUUUACACUGGAAAAUACAAAGGAUCUUCAAACAACACUGAAUAUUUUAAAUAUUCUCAAUGAACUGAUGUCAGCAGGUGGUGGAAGGAGAGUAAGCGUUCUGAUAUCCAAAGGAGGCACACAGAUUUUGCUACAGUUGUUACUGUGUGUCAGCAAGGAAUCACCACCAAAUGAGGAGAUAAUGGUUAUCCUCCAUAGCUUGCUUGCCAAGAUAGGACUAAAAGAUAAGAAGUUUGGUGUUAAAGCCCGAAUUAAUGGAGCCUUAACCAUAUCUCUAAAUCUGGCGAAACAGAAUUUGCAAAACCCAAAGCUCCUGCUCCCAUGCCUUCAAGUAUUACGUGUGUACUGUAUUAACUCUGUAAAUGCUGUAUACCUGGGAAAAAAUGGAGCCGUGGAACUUCUGUUCAAGAUAACAGGUCCGUUCAGUAAAAAAAACACAAGCCUUAUGAAGGUCGCUUUAGAUACGUUGGCUGCCUUGUUAAAAUCAAAGACAAAUGCCAGGAAAGCAGUAGAUCGAGGAUACGUUCAGGGACUCCUAACAAUCUAUUUGGACUGGCAUCGCCAUGACACCCGGCACAGACACAUGGUAAUCCGUAAAGCAAUUCUGCAAUGCCUUAAGAGUGUUACCAACAUCAAGCUUGGAAGGAAAGCUUUUAUUGAUGCCAAUGGUAUGAAAAUUCUGUACAACACAUCUCAGGAAUGCCAAGCUGUAAGGACGUUAGACCCACUUGUCAACACCUCUAGUCUGAUUAUGAGAAAAUGCUUUCCCAAGAACCGUCUUCCACUACCAACUAUCAAAAGUGCUUUUCAAUUUCAACUCCCUGUGAUCCCUACAAGUGGGCCUGUGGCACAGAUCUACAGCAUGCCCCCUGAAGUGGAUGAUGUUGUAGAUGAGAGUGAUGACAAUGAAGACACCGACACAGAGACAGAAGUGGAAGCUGAAACUGAAGAUGACCGUGGUCAAGGCUUUAAGAAUGACGAUAUAGAAACUGAUAUUAGUAAGCUCAAACCCAAACAAGAUUUAGGGAGAUCAUUGGAAGACCUGAAAAUGUAUGAACGCUUCUUCCCAGAACUGUUUGAAGAUUUUCAGGAAUUUGACUUGGUGUCGAACGAACCAAAGCCGGGAGGACACGCUGGUGGCCCUAUAAUAGUCCCAACAGCUGGAGAGGAACAGCCGGAAAGGCCAAUAAAGCUCAUGGCACGGAAAAGCAGAAAUAAUUCUUUAUCAGAUGAAUGUUACAAAAGGCCAACAUUUUUGGAUAUGCCAAAGAAAGACUUAAAUAGUGAUAACAGUGGCUGUUUGCAAAGCAUUCAAGCUGGUUCAGGCAGAUCCUCAAGCUACUACUUGAACAAUGAUGUUGUUAGAGAACUUGAUAGAUUGUCGCUUCAGAAGUCCUCCACAAACAGUACAUGCAAAAAUGGAUGUAUAUCAAACAAGGACAGAUCUGGUAUUCUAUCUCAUUCGUGCAAUAAAUCUUCACAGAAUUCUUCUUGUGGUAACAACUUGUUUGAGAAAAAUUCUGGGCAUCUGGGUCCUUUGUGCUGCUCAGGAGUUGUACAUGAGGAUGAUGAAGAUUUCAGUCCAGUGCUUGGUCAAGUCUUGCCAGACACUGAUAAUUUUCCACCUCUCCAUGAUCCUGACCUUUAUAUUGAGAUAGUAAAAAAUACCAAAUCUGUCCCAGAGUACUCUGAUGUGGCUUAUCCAGAUUACUUUGGACAUGUGCCACCAUUUUUUAAAGAGCCUAUACUUGAAAGACCAUAUGGUGUUCAGAGAACAAAAAUUUCUCAAGAUAUUGAAAGGAUGAUUCAUCCCAAUGAUGUAAUAGACAGGAUAAUAUAUGACGUUGAUAAUCCAAGCUGUCCUGUACCAGAUGAAAGUGACCUUUUGAAGUUCAACUCCAAAUUUGAAUCUGGAAACCUGAGGAAGGUCAUUCAGAUUAGAAAAAAUGAAUAUGAUCUUAUCCUGAACUCGGAUAUUAACAGCAAUCACUAUCACCAGUGGUUUUACUUUGAAGUCAGUGGCAUGAGGACAGGUGUGGCUUACCGAUUCAACAUCAUCAAUUGCGAGAAGUCCAACAGCCAGUUUAAUUAUGGUAUGCAGCCACUAAUGUACUCGGUGCAGGAGGCACUAGCAUCAAGGCCUAGGUGGAUGCGUGUUGGAUCAGACAUAUGUUAUUACAAAAAUCACUUCUCAAGAAGUUCAGUGGCUACCGGAGGCCAGAAGGGCAAAUCCUAUUACACUUUGACUUUCACUGUAACUUUUCCACACAAAGAUGACGUCUGCUAUUUUGCUUACCAUUAUCCAUAUACCUACUCUACUUUAAAGAUGCACCUUCAAAAACUCGAGUCUCUACACAACCCACAGCAGAUAUAUUUUCGCCAUGAUGCAUUAUGCGAAACCUUAGGUGGAAACGGAUGUCCAGUUGUCACCAUAACAGCGAUGCCAGAGUCCAAUUACUAUGAGCAUGUCUAUCAAUUCCGAAAUCGUCCGUAUAUUUUUCUCACAUCCCGAGUUCACCCUGGGGAGACUAACGCAAGCUGGGUCAUGAAAGGGACGUUGGAGUUAUUAAUGGGUAGCAGCGCCGCUGCUCAAUGCUUACGGGAAUCCUAUAUUUUUAAAAUUGUUCCAAUGCUGAACCCUGAUGGUGUGAUCAAUGGAAACCAUCGUUGUUCCCUAAGUGGCGAAGAUCUAAACAGACAGUGGCAACACCCUAAUGUAGACCUUCAUCCUACAAUCUAUCACACCAAGGGUCUUUUGCAGUAUUUGGCUGCCAUCAAACGUACACCCCUAGUGUACUGUGAUUACCAUGGCCAUUCCCGUAAGAAAAAUGUGUUCAUGUAUGGAUGCAGCAUUAAGGAAACAGUGUGGCACACAAAUGGCAGUGCUGCUUCAUGUGACAUGGCUGAGGAAAACGGCUACAGAACGCUUCCUAAAGUUCUUAGCCAGAUUGCUCCAGCAUUUUCCAUGAGUAGCUGUAGCUUUGUUGUGGAAAAAUCCAAGGAAUCCACUGCCCGUGUUGUGGUCUGGAGAGAACUUGGAGUCCAGAGAAGUUACACAAUGGAAAGCACGCUGUGUGGUUGUGAUCAGGGAAAGUACAAGGGAUUACAGAUUGGGACAAAGGAGCUCGAAGAGAUGGGUGCAAAGUUCUGUGUAGGUCUGCUUCGUUUGAAGAGGCUGAACUCCCCGGUGGAAAUCAGUUUGCCUCCCAGUCUCCUUGAUAUAGAGAAUGAUCUGAUUGAGUCCAGCUGCAAAGUUGCAAGUCCUACAACCUACGUCUUGGAAGAUGAUGAACCUCGUUUCCUUGAGGAAGUCGAUUAUAGUGCAGAGAGCAAUGAUGAUGUUGAUACCGAUCUGCCAGAUAACUCUGGUGACUUUGAACCAUCUGUGGUGGAAGAAGAAGGAUUUUCUGACUCUGAGGUCACACAGACUCACCUGCGUAAACAGUGCACUUAACCCCAAGCUGCACAUUGUAUUGUGGAAAACAAACAGCUUAAUCAAGCUACUGGCAGCCAUUAGCUUUCUAUUCAUUUCAUUUAUGUAUAUUUUUUUUCAUUGGUGCUUUACAUUUGUAUAUUUUAAGUAUUGUGUGAAUCUGAUUUUGUUUGUGUUGCAUGGAUUUUUCUCAGAUAUUUUAAUGUUAUCCUUAAGGCUGAAAUCUAAAUAAAAAAGCCAAAUGCUGAAAUAUA